AUGAAGCGGUGCGCCAAAGCAGGCAACAUCAUAAUGUUCCAACGGCUCAUCAAUAUAUUCGUUGGUUUUGAGGAAUGUCUCGGCAAGGCAGACCUGAGUGAGUUGGUCAAGGUAGCAUGCGAUCACAGACAGAUGGACUCCCUACAAUACCUCAUCAACAAUCAUUACCCUCAAAACAUCUCGAUACGCUCCCCAAUCUCCAAGAUAUUCCGACCAUUGUUGAUCAAGGAUUCAUCGUCAUCAGAGCCAACAUUUUUGGCAAUUGAAGAACUGGAUGUAGCCAAGAUACCGAUGUCAUUGUUGGCAGGCAUUCGAAGUGAUGACUUGGAGAUCGUGAGGUCAUUCAUUCUAUCAGGUGAUGAUGAGGGCCCUAUAGGUGUGGAUGUCUUCGAGUUGGACGCCAAACUCUGUCGCAGGAUGUCCGCAUCGAUGGCUGCACUCAUCGUGAGUCCUCGAAUCUAUCGAUUCAAGUUUGGCAUCCAAUCAUUGGUCAGCAUGGUGGAGGUCGCCAGCAAGGGCAAGCAUGCCAGCAACAUCACAGUGGACAUCGUCUGCAGCUUCAUACUUAACUGUGACUUUGAUCCCCACACAGAUGUGAUCAAGAGUGCAUUGGUCCUUGCAGCAGGCUUCUCUGUCCAAGUGUUGGAACUCAUACACAAACGAUUCAACAUCAACAUUACCCAAAAAUCAGAUAUACUUCGCAAUGCCAUCCAGAUGCAAUGUUGUGAGACCAUGUCAUAUCUAUUCAAACAUCUCGAUCAAAAAGCCAUUUCCAAUAUCAUCUUCUUUAAUCACGUCGAUAUAUUCCAACAUGGAACAUUGGAGUGCGUCACUCUACUAAUGGAUCAAUAUGCCGACUUCAAAGAGUCCCUCUUAGCAAUAAGUAGUUCGUUACAGAAUGACAACAUUGAGGUGUUGGAGUAUGUCAUCAAUCAGACCUCACUCAAAGCCAAGGACAAACAAGUCGAGGGCUAUAGCCUGAACGACAUCAUUCAAUCAGCACCUUACAACUACAGACCAAAAGUUAUUCAGUUGCUUGAGCAGCGAUUUGGACCGGUGACCAAAUCAUCCUUGGAAAUACCAUCUACUACGACCCUAAACCAAUGGCAUAGAAGUGGCAAUGCCCAUCAUAUCAUAGGGUGCCUUUUCAACAACUCAUUCACAAAAGAGUCAAGGACUGAUAUCUUACGGUUUCUGUACACUACCUUAAAACAAUGGACUCACUACACUCAUGUGGUCAUGUUGUGCACUGAUCAUAUCAAGGCAAUCACAUCAUUGGAUAGUGUUGGCACAUUACAACAUGAUGUGGAGGUCACACCACCAACUCAUCUGGCAUCAUCAAGGCUUCAGACAGCACUCCAUUCUGUGUUCAAGGAUCACAAGCUUGGGGUGCUCAUCAUGUCGCAUGUUGGACAUGUUCACAGAUCACUUAGCAUCCCACUUGACAACGUGAUCAAAGGUUCAAAGUUGUUGGACAAUCAUUCAUUGAGUGAUUACCUCAGAUAUGGUGCAACGGAAUGGUUCCUCCAAUCAUACUCAAACUCAAUAUUCAUGUCCAAGACACAUCAUCAAUUUGUAGUCAACUCAUCACUUCUUGGACAGGCAUUUCUUAAGUAUGACUCUAAGGUAAUUGAUGCACUCCUGACCAACCCCCAAAUUGAUGAUGAAGGCGGGGAGAGACAACACAUUGAGUUUGUGACCAACUUGUCUUCAUGCACAUCCAGAUUGGGAGCAAUUGUUUGA